UGGACAUUUGUCUUUACACGGGUUGUUUACGGUAACGGUCAAAAUAAUGAGUAUUUACUUGGUUGUCUUCGUCGUUUUAUCCUAUUUGGUUGUGAUAAAAUGCAUUUACUAUCGACAUCGGCGGACUUUGAUGAAGUCGUUGAAACAUUUGUUGAACGUUUCAUCAAGCAGAGACUCAAACGGUUGUGAUGUCAGGGCUCUGAUUGUAACUGCGCAUCCGGAUGAUGAAUGUAUGUUCUUCUCGCCAACGAUUGUACGACUCGUUGAAUUAAAUGCCCGCGUCCAUUUGCUGUGUCUAUCUGAAGGAAACUACUACAAUCAAGGAGCUCAGCGUAAAGAAGAACUUCUCAACAGCUGUGCGGUGCUGGGCAUACCGGCCUCCAGAGUCACCAUAGUGAACCAUAAAAAACUUCCUGAUGAUCCCAAAGCAGAAUGGAGCAUCUCUCUGGUCUCUUCAGAAAUUCUGAAGCACAUAAGGGCUCAUUCCUUCAACAUGGUGCUGACCUUCGAUGGCAGAGGAGUGAGCGGCCAUGCCAAUCACACGGCCAUCUAUAAAGCUGUCAGACAUCUGGCUUCCACUGGACAAGUACCCAAUGACUGCUGUUUGCUGUCCCUGGUGACUGUCGGCCUCCUCAGGAAGUACAUCUCCUUCCUGGAGCUUCCCCUCAGCUGGCUGCUGCCCUCAUGCCUCCACUGCAUUAUAGGCUCACAGGGCUACAGGCGAGCCAGGGCCGCCAUGCUCUGCCAUCGGACUCAACUUCUGUGGUUUCGCUAUCUCUAUAUCACCUUCUCUCGCUACAUGUUGGUAAACACGUUCCAAAUGAUCCCACAGGGACCGAAGAACCUGAAGAUCUAUUAAAAGGUCGCCUCAUCCUGAAGCACUGAUUGCUACACUGCCUGUCCACUAAGAUACAGUGAUACUUGUGGAAGUGAAUUGAAUAGCUGUUUACAAAUGUGAUGUGUACCAAUGUGACUUUACCGGCUGUAGUAGCCUGUUUUUUUUUCAUAAGCACUUUCCAUGAAAGAAAACUGACAAGUCUUCCUGAAAGCUUUCUGACUACUUUAUUGUUUCCGUCGUAACACUGUACAAAACAACACUGUGUUGGGGCUUCUUUUAUUGUUAUUUCAACGAAUCAUGAAAAUACUGUUCGUGUCUUAUGAAUCUGAUUAAAAAAAGGUUGGUUCUUAAAUUA